CCGCCUAGGGUUCACAGCGGUGCCAGCCCCAGCGCCUGCAACCCGCCCCGCCCCCACCUGAGUCCCACCCCCAACCCCUCCCCCACUGCCCGCGAGUGUCGGAGGCGGUCCACGAGCUGGUGUUGCAGGCCUUUGGAGGGCUAGCGGGUCCGGCGUCCCGCGGGGAAGAUGAACGGGCCCAGCGCCAGGUCCAGCCACCUGUCGCAGCCGGUGGUGAAGAGUGUGCUGGUGUACCGCAACGGGGAUCCCUUCUUCGCCGGGCGCCGCGUCGUCAUUCACGAGAAGAAGGUGUCCAGCUUCGAUGUCUUCCUCAAGGAAGUGACGGGCGGCGUGCAGGCACCCUUUGGGGCGGUUAGGAACAUCUACACCCCGAGGACCGGCCACCGCAUCCGGAAGCUGGAUCAGAUCAAGAGCGGGGGCAACUACGUGGCCGGGGGCCAGGAAGCUUUCAAGAAACUCAAUUACUUGGACAUAGGAGAAAUCAAGAAAAGACCAAUGGAAGCUGUUAAUACUGAGGUGAAGCCUGUCAUCCACAGCAGGAUCAAUGUGUCUGCCCGCUUCAGGAAGUCGCUGCACGAGCCUUGUACAAUUUUCUUGAUUGCAAAUGGAGACCUCAUAAGCCCAGCUUCUCGCCUCCUCAUCCCCAGAAAAGCCUUAAGUCAAUGGGAUCACGUACUACAAAUGGUCACAGAAAAAAUAACUCUGCGGAGUGGGGCUGUCCACAGGCUUUAUACGUUAGAGGGAAAACUGGUUGAGAAUGGGGCAGAGCUGGAGAACGGGCAGUUUUACGUGGCCGUUGGCAGAGAUAAGUUCAAGAGACUACCUUACAGUGAGUUACUUUUUGACAAGUCAGCAAUGAGAAGGCCUUACGGUCAGAAAGCCUCUUCACUACCUCCCAUGGCUGGAUCCAGGAAAUCUAAAGGGAGCGGAAAUUAUCGCCAAUCUAAGUCAACCAUCGGCUCCAGUGAUAACUCAUCUCCUCAGCCCCUGAAGAGGAAAGGGAAGAAAGACUCAAACUCAGAAAAACCCACAAAAGUGAAAGAAAGCAUGAAGUCCAAGAGUUCCCAACAAGCAAUCCUAAACAGUGAUGAUGGUAUUUUCAGAGCUGGAACAGAGAGAUCUGAAACGAGGGGGGCAGCGGAAGUUCAAGAAGACGAAGACACGCAGGUGGAGGUUCCAGUGGACCAGAGGCCAGCAGAAAUAGUUGACGAGGAAGAAGAGGGAGAGAAAACAAGCAGAGACGUCAAACAGACAGAAGACUUCUCAGCAAUGAAUGGCGAAACUGAAGAUGGGAAUAGUGAGGCUGCCGGUGCCCCUGAACAAGAAGAGGAAAUCCCAGACCACGAGGAGAAGGAGGCAAGCCCCUCUCGGGUAAAUGGCAGCACUGAUGAAGAGAAUGGGGAGGAAUUGGACCCGGUUACUGAGGAGCUUCUGCCUACAGUGGACGAGGAAGGAAAGGCUGAAACAGACAACAGUGGACAAGAUGAGGCUGGUUUAGAUGCUCAAAGACCACCAAGACCAGAGGUGACAAUCACCAGUCCUCAAGAAAAUGAAGAGAAUGAACAAAACAAGGAGUCUUCUACUGUGGCGUAGAUGAUUUCAGAGCAGCGGAUAUGUGAACUGUAGGAGCACGCGGGCUGUAGUACUUUAACAAUGAGCACAGCCUCUCUGUUAUGCAGAAUGUGGCAACAUGGAGGGGCGCUAGCUGUUGCAUUUUAAAAAUUGAAGCUAAAGGGAAGGAAGACUUAGUUAAUUUGUAGCUCAAAGGAGAAUGACUGAUGUUUAUGACAGAUGUUUAAAAUUUUUCCUUAGAAGAACAAAAGACAGACCAAGGGGAUUUGCACCUUAAGACAGUUGGCUACCCAUGUUUGUAAGGGAGGAAGUCAUGGGCUAGUGCCCAUUAGAUACAUUAUAGUAGACUUGGAAGCAAGAGUACUGGCAGCUUGUUCUAAAGCAUUUAUCUAGGAAGUAAACAUUCUUAAAGAAUUGGUAAUAGGAAGACAUGUAUUAUGUUCUCAAAGCAAUAAACUGUUGAUUGAACAAUUCCAGUUUAGUUUCAGAGAUAAUUUGGAGAUGGCAAUAGAUCCAAACGCUUUGAAGGAUGGUGACAUUCCUUUCUUCCUCCAGCCAAGGUCCACCUCGGACAAAGUCAAAACACAGCCUGAGGUAUCACCUGGUCGGAGGAAAUGGUUCUACAGAAUCUUGGUGAUUCACACCAGGUGUGCUGGAUGUCGCUCUCAGGCAGGAACCAGGAAGCAAAAUCUGGAAAUCCUAUGGAUUUUCAAUGGUCUGUUUUCAUUAUGUCUGCUCCAAGAACAAGCCCGUUCCUUCUCCUAUAUGCUGUUGGAAAGCCCAAUAUUAGUAGUUAAUAUUGAAUUCUUUCCAGGAUUAAAAAAAAAUCAACAGUUUACUAAACACAAGGACAUAGAAUAGGAAAGAAAAAGUAGAAGAGUUUAUGACCACCCAGUUCCUCAGCUUCUUGCUGUGUUUCUAUCAGGACUGUCAUGGUUGCUUAAAGAUAGUAUGUCCAUUUGUCCAUUUUCUCAUCUAUUCAUCUCUCCAUCUACCCAUCCACCCACCCACCCACCCAUCCAUCCAAUCCAUUCAUCCAUUGAUCCUCCUAACCUUUUAGGCUUUCAAGCAGAUAUUUAGACUGUUUUAGCCUUUUAAACAGAUUCCUUUUAUUUUAAUUUUUUAAAUAAAUUUAGAUUCCAUUUGAUUGGAAAUUAAUGAAAAAAACUUGAAAAUUUUCCAUAGCUCCUGAUUUUGGUUUAUAGAUGGAUAAAUUAACAUGCUUUUACUUUGUGAUGUAUAGAUGAAGAAAAAAAUAAUUACGUUAGUUUGAUGAUCAUAGUAGAGAUGAUGUCUCUCUCCCCUAAGCGAAGAAUAAUAUGUUUUUCUCAUUUUAAAGAAUAUAUUUUUACUCGGAUAGAAAAUUCAAGCUGGAAGAUUUUAACUUCUAGUGCCUUUUUUUGUAAGAUUCAUUACUAUUGUAAGUCUAUUUUCCCAUCCAGAUUUCACAACGAACCAUCUGGGAUCAAAAUAGUUGCGAGUUAUAUAUAUAUUAAAGUAAUAUAGAAAAUAGUAUUUUCUCCUCAAAGCUAUUUUGAUUUUCCAUAAGUAGAAAAUAUGAACAGAGCUUAUGAUAUCACAGUAUUUGAGGAAGAUCAUGACAUAAGGGCUGGGAAUCUGGGAGGAUGGAUUUUAACUGGGCCCAAUCUGGGUGGUGCAUAGGCUUACUUUUCACACACACGGGCCGCCAGCAGCCAUCUUGCACUGUUAGGGAAACAGAGAAGGUGGCCUUCUGAUGUGAAAUUCCAGAGUCUGGGGUUGGAGUUUCAAAUAUCUUAUAAAAACUGAACGUAAGAAAAUUUAACUAAGUCUCCAACUGAUUCUCUUUCUUGCAGUAAAGCAUCCCUCCUUUUCUUCAUUUCACUUGGCACUUGGGUUUCAGGCACUCUCUUGCCAGGUGUCUUAAUGAAGCACAACACCAAAAUUUUACAUGAAAAAGAAACUUUUGAGAUUUUCAGAACAUUUCAAGAAGGUUACAGACAUAGUAACAGUCACAAAAUGUGACCUGAAUGGGAACGCAGUCUUCUGUGAAUAUAUUUUCAUACCUGUCAAUAAGACAAAACUCAGACCCAAACAUGUGGCUCAAAUAAAAAUCACCUCCAUGUGUUGUCUAACCAAACAUGUAAUCCUUUAUUAGGGGUUAAAACUGUAGGCAUACCUCUGAAGAUGACCUUUACAGAAGUUGAAGUUCAAUUCAUCUCUCAAGAGGCCAUCUCACCUCUGUGGAAACUGGGUACCUACGAUAGGUUAGCUCCGCAAUAAAGUGAGGCUUCCUGACAGAUUUGGGAAGUAUGCAUAGAACGUAUGAAUGGAGGUGUUGGUAGAGGGUUAUGUAUCGUUUAUAGAGAAGGCUCUUGAAUAUACAUAUAUAAACAUGUAGGUAUAUAUAUGUAUAUAUAUGUACAUACAUAUGUAUCCAAUGUAUUGCUUUGAGGUGUCAGUUCUUUGCAAUUUCUUAGUUUUAUGUCACCGAUGCCUGAGCUGUAUUUCAAUUUUAAGGACACUAUGAUCACAUGUUGGUUGGCGGGAUCAGAACACUGGUAGUUUUUCACUUGACUAGAAGGGACUUGACUAAAGUCGCUUUCAGAUGUUUUGGCAUCUGUUGAAUCCACUCUUGCAGGCCCAUCAGCUUCCUGGCCACCGUGACUAUCGGGCGGUCCCCUACUCUCUUUGUUUUCCUAGGGCCUUGGGGAGACUUGCUCGAUAAGACACUUUUCUUGCAUUUUAUUCUACUUUAUUUUGCAUCUUAUUCUUUAAUGUCAGAAAAACGUUUUAUUUCUUAAUGUCAGAAGAAUGUCAUGGGAAGAAGAUGAUAAGGUCAUGCCUCCAGUUGUAUCCUGAAAGGGUUAAUUCUUGGUAUGGCGUCUAAAGACACACCACAUCAUACAUGUGCUUAGCAGCGGUCACAUCUCUGUGGGUGCACAGCUGUGUAAUGAUACUGACAUGUUUUAUGCUGUCUAUGGUAGUCUUAUGGUAGGGCUCAAACCCCAGAAACCUCAGAGUUUUCUUUAGGGGGCUGGCAAGACGGCUCAUCAGCUAAAGCACCUACCACCAAGCCUGAUGUCCUACACUGUGACGUGUACAUACCGAAGCCCUCCCUGAGACACACGCACACACGCACACACACACAGGUACAUAAAUGAAUGUGAUUAUGUAAAUACUUUGUUUUGUUUUAAUACAACCUUCCUUAUACACAGGAUGAAAUUUACUAAUUUAGAGACGAUCAACGUGCUUAAAGCUGUGGCUGCAGCUGGGGACAUUGGCUCACACCUGUAACCCCACCAUUUGAGCACUAGAGGUAGAUUUAAGAAUUAAAGGUCAUGCUUGGCUACACAGUGUGUUUGAGGCUAACCUUGCCAGUGUGAGACCCCCAUCUCAAAGUACCAACUGACCAACCAAGCAACCACCGACCUACCCACUCCAAGCUAAAGCUAAACUUGUCUCUGCAGAAAAACAGGAAGGCAUAUUCAUCAUGUUGCCAGAGGCACAUUCAUCAUGUUAAACAUGCCCUCUAAAGAACUGUAGAAUCAGCUCUCCUCUUUUAUUGUUGCUGUUAAAGCAGCAAAAACAAAGUUAAAAGGUGAAUUAAUCACUGAGUAGAAAACUCCACAUCUGAACUGGUGCCGAUCAGAAGAAAACCUAAAACGUCAUGUACGUGUAUAUCGGUAACUCCAUGGGCACACUCAUACACCCCCAGACAUCAGGAAAGGCCUCACUGCUCUUCACAGAGUGAGGCUUUUACAUGGGGAGAGGCAAAGCUAACCGUGUGAGAACAAAUAUUAGGAGGCCACUCUUAUCACAGUGCUUUGAUAUCGCUUUACUGAAACCAAAAGACUCAAUACUUUUCCCAAAUAAGAAAGUUACCAAAGUCAUUUAAAGUAAGCAUGGUGGCAUGUUCCUGUUAUCCCAAUGCCCUAGAGCUAGAGGUGUGUGUGGGGUCAGAGUUCAAGGUCAUCCUCAGCUACAUGGUGAGUUCCAGGCCAGUCUGAGCCAUGAGACCUGUCUAAAACAACAACAGAAAAGGAAGAGAUGCUAAAAUUACUUGGACUAUUUGGGGAGGCAGAGAGAAGAUCUGGGACUCUUCCUUGUAUCCAGAAACCAGUGUGACUAAUACAGAGUCACCCUGGGGUGCAACCGGUUUCUGAAGGUUAGUCCGUUUUUCUAAGCAGUCACCUGGAGUUCUUUGUCACCGAUUAGCAUGUUCAUAAACAUCUGAAGGCUUUUGCUUUUGAAAAAUACACUGGUACGUAGGUAGGUCUAGCUCUCUAGCUCUCUAGAUUGUGCAUUUUGGUUCACGAAGACUGAGUGGCAGGUGGAGAAUAAAAGAAUGUCCCCACAUGUUGAAGAGGAAAGAAAAGAUUGUUCUUAAAGAGUCACAACCCCUGUAAAAGAGGUGGACUUAGGAAAGAAAUAUAAUAAAGAAAAAAAGCACUUAUAAAGCCGGGGACACUAGUGAACCUCUGGUCAUCUGAGCCAAUGGCUGCCUAGUGUCGAUCUGGAAAUGCAAUCUGGAAAUGAACUCCAUGCAGCUCUCUCGGCUUGAAAGGCCUGGUUUAGCUGACUUUCAGCUAUUGUCCAAAGGGAUGGGAUGGCUGUGGUCAACUUUACAGGAUUAAAGGAAGCUAUGUUGCUCUCAUGUUUUCCUUGCAUUUUAACUUGCUAACAUGCACGUAGCAGUGGGUAAUUUUUAAUGAAUGUUGUAAAGAUUAAACUAAGUGUAUGCUCUCUGGGGCAUUUGUUAUAUUGAGAAUGUCUUUAGGUAAGGAAAAGUAUGUGUUUUGAUCAAGUUUUGAGAUGUAGCUUUCAUUUCUGUAUCCGAGCAACAUUCUACAAAGCUCGCGUUACCCUAGCUGCCCUGUGUGUAGACGGUUGUUUCAUGUAGUUAACAUGCAUGUUCAGCAUUCUCAUAUGAUAUCAUGUUGUCAAUAUUUCUUGUGUGAUAUUUUUUUGUAGCAUUUUCCAUGAACACCAUAGAGAUACAGACUUACGUAGACAUUCAGCUCAUUAGAGGGUGCUUCGGUUUGCAUGCAGCAUAGACAUUAAGCUCAUUAUGUAUUUUUUUUACACUCAUAUGCAUGUUUAUUUGAUAAAAAUUCAGAUCUAUUAAAAUCGUUAUUUCUUUAUUGUAUGAGAUAUUUUUAGAGACUCAUGGGUUGAGAGGUAUUGUUAUGCUCCUGGCGUGUAUUUUGUAUACAGACAACCACAGAAAUAAAUAUAUAAUUUUACAAAGA